CUGGAUUAGGUACCUAUUUGUAAAAUAAAUAUAUAUGUAUCUUAUUCUCUUGUAGCAGAAAAUGUCAAAAGGUUGCGCCAUUAGUGGAUGCAUACAAAGGUAUGGAAGUUUUUACCGAUUUCCAAACCCACAAAUGUAUCCAGAAAUGUAUCAAAGAUGGGUUUUAUGUUGUGGGCGAGAAGACCUGCUUCAGUAUGAACAGUUGAGGGUUUAUAAUAAUUUUCGAGUGUGUGAGAAGCAUUUUCGACGAGAGGAUGUAGGACGUAACAACAAAUUGUUAAAAGGAGUAGUACCAUCGUUAAAUUUACCAGGAUAUCAGUACUUAGAAGUCAGUACUUCAAAGGCUUCGAAUAACACGCCCACUACUCCACAUGCAGAUAUAGGAGUUCAAAUUGCUUCAACAUCCACCAGUGCAAUUUCAUUGGAGACUCCAGGUAAGAAAUUAUGUGUUUUAUAAAUCGUUUAUUUUGAAAAGCUCCCCAUUUUUUAUUUUCUAUAUGGUUAAAUUAC